CUUCUGCUAAUGAGGCUCUCUGUUAAAUUCUGAUGAAAAUUUCUGUUAUCCAGAGUCUUGUAAGACUACAAACAUUCAUUAACCUGCAAAGAAUGCAUUCUCUCUACUUUUGUUUGCGAGACUCUGAGAAAUAAGGGCAGAUCUAUUUUCACUAGAAUUUUGAGCAACAUGAAACAUCACUUAAACUGAUCAUUUGUUUUAAUUUUCUCUUCGUUGUAUUUCUUAAAACUCUAAAAUAUCCUAUUCUGUUCAAUAAUUUAGCCCGCCAAGCAAGUUUCGCUUAGAUGCAUCAAAUUAGGCACCAAGAGCCUUGAUUUAGGGAGAAUCAUGGCCCAAUGUACUAUCCUCUAGACUUCAUGUAUUCCGAAAUCACUAUUCCACAGAGCUUCUGGCAACUACUUGCAAAUUAUUUGUUCUAACUUCGGUGUCCUUAAUGCUCAAGAACUCAUUAUCAAAGUACUUAUGACUUUUUCAGCAGGAGGAUAUAAACUGAGGGGUUUUCUGGUCAAUUUUGCACUCUUUAAUUUUCUCAUGGUAGGCAUAGCUCAAGCUCAAAAUAGUGACACAAGAUUCCAGAAAUCUAUGCUUGAAGGUAAGCCAUAACUAGAAGUUGUUGAUCAUUGCUAAUAAUAAGCAACUAAAGUUUAUGAGGAUAGGGUCAGAAGGAAGACAUUCUUCACUCUUCCUCUUUUAGAGUUUAUGUAGUUAAUAAUUCAUCAAGGAUUUCAAUUCUUUAUCUGGACCCACUAAUCUGCUAGGUUGAUCAAUAAUAGCUUAUGAAUCAUUUCGAACAAGACCAAUGCAUCCAGCAAUAUUUUUGGGAAAUUUUACAAAAAGUUGUAAAUUUGUCUUCCAACCUUUGAGACUGAAGAAAUUACUGCACUCUUUACUUCCAGUGAAACCUUUUCAAUUUGCACACUUCUUUCAGUGGUGGGAAAAUUCAAGUGAAAGUUUAUUAUGAAUAGAAGAGAAAUCCCCAAGAUCAAUUUAUCUGAACCUUGACCUUCUAGAUUAAUCUUGGCAUUAGUGAGCCAUCGGUGGAGUAUUCCUCCAAGAUAGAGUAUAGUUAGCAUCAGGUGAUUUAUAUGAUUUUAAAUUUAUUAAGAUUCUAUUAUGUGAAGUCAAACUCUUCGAUUACUAUCUGAAGAGCAAUUACUUACAGAGAGAAGCUAAAUGAGCUUUAAUAAAUACUACCUCUAGCUUAGUGAACUGGCUGUUGCAUUAAUCCACUCUGGAAUCAUAGUGAGCAUAGAGAUUUGAGUUUUCUGCUGAUAAAAAAUGCAAUAGGUCUUAAGAGAGCUUUUAUCCGAUCAUAUAGAUACAUCAUAACCUGUAGCACUUUAGAGUUUGCAAGUUCUUCUUCUUAGUGAGUUUUCUCUGCUUGAGACAUGAAAGUUUAUAGCAAGAUUUAUUCAUCUGAACAAUUGCUCAAUCAAAGAGCUGAUAUUUUGGAUCUUCUCACAAAGCAACACAAGUCAGAGAGUGAUCGUGAUUACCUCUGAAGCAUUUAGCUGAGCUUGAUUAGCAUUACAAGAGAAAUAAGAUUAUAAUUUAUGCUCGAUUGGGAUUGUUCCCUCUAUUUUAGAUAUACCUCUUUUUAUGUUCACCAAGAAUGUGUCUACUUUCUGCUGCUAAGCUUUACAACCAAUUAGUUGGAGCUUUAGAGCCAUCCAAAGUCUUUAUGAAGACAUAAAGAUAAGAAUUAUUAAGAUAUUGAGUCAUUUCAAAGUUUGCAUUUUUGUGUUGCCCCAGAUUUAAAUCUGAAAAUUAUCAAAGGUGAAUUCACCAUUUUUGGGAUUUGGAAUUGCAACUUUUGCACCCAUAAAUAAGGAGCCAAGCUUUUAGAAAUUGGCGAAGAAUAAACCUCUGAGUAUGAAUCAUCGUCCCUCAGCAGCUGCCUCAGAAGAUGAGGAUGAAGAAUAUUUUAUACUUUCUUUGACCUAAAAUAGCUAGUUUUCUUGGCACCUGAAAUUUUACAUUUUUGAUGUUUACGCUGAGAGGUCCGAAUCCAUUUCAUAAUUUUUGCUCACACAUUCGUACAGAAUACUAGCCUGCUGGGCUCAAUAGAGCUUGAUAAAAUAUUGGAUUUUUCUUUACCCUAUUGAGAUUUUAGAAAAUCCGUUCUCCAUGAAUGGCUGGAUGCUAAAAUUUCAAGCAUCUGAUAAUCUGCCAAGAACCUUUGUUCUGUGUAGCAUUUAGGUUGAAACAAAUACUCCCCAUCCCAUUUUAUUCUUGGUUAGCUCUUUAGCUGAAAUUUAGCUAAUAAUAUAUAGAUAUGAACUCAACAGCUUUUUGAUUGUUGUGCGAGUGCUCUUAUUCCGAUCAACCCAAGGCAGAGAUUUCAGCUGAAGAUGACAAAGAACUCAGAAGUCAACUUCUCACUCAGAAGCCUGUUGAAGGCAAGUUAAUCAAGUGAAAGAGCUAGCUUAUUAUUAAACCCCAACUCUCGUAGCACCAUUGAUGCUCUAUUUAGGCUACUUUUCAGAAUAACCUUCACACCAGAACGUCUGGAUACCUUCACAGAAAGUUCGAACUCUAACUUUUUGAUUGGGAAUAGGCUGAUUUCUUUUUCUCAAAUCAAAGAACUCUUGAGUGAAUCUAACGACGAAGAAGCGAAAGAACCCAAAGCCAGGAGAGGCAGAGGUCGUCCAAGAAAAUACCACAAACCUGAGUUUUAUACAGGCAAUAUCAGGUUAGAUGCUAAUGACAAGAACCUCAUUAGAGCUGUGAGAAGGGAGUUCAUCGAAAUGUUCAGAGUUUUCUGUGUUGACUCUGGGCUGUACCAUUACGAGAAUCUAAGCAAGGAUCCACUACAUCUUCAGAAAAUGAAGUUUGAAAUGCCUGAUGAUAAGUUCGAAGAAGCUAUGCAGAGCUUUAUCGGACACAUUCUUGAGCAGGAUGCAUCUGAGGGUGAUGAUCCCACAACAGAAGAGCUCCAGAGCCUCAAAGAGUUCUUGAUAGUUUUCAUUGACUUCACAAGAGACUCUUCAGUGAUGCUUCCUGGGACUACCAGGCUUUUAAAAAACGAACUACAAAGCCUCUUCUACUCUUACUCGCACAGAAAGUUCGGCAUUUUCCUCGAGGUCCCUGAGAUGAGGUUUGUAAUGGCCAGAGUUCUCAACCCUGAGUACAUAGGCACCUUGAUUUCAAAGAACCCGACUUUAAAUGAAAACGAAGAUCUCUACAGAAAGUGUGCAGAGAUAAUCCUUGAGAAAGUGGACAGUCAUAAUGGAGAGAAUGAGCAACAACCAGAAGCGUAAUUUGUUUCUUUCCUAAGUUCACACAAAAUAUGAGUCUCCGGAGCUUGCUUCAAAUCGAUUGGCCUAGUCACUACAGUCUCCACCUAGUUUCUUAGCCUUAGGCUUUCCAGCUUAAAUUUUAUUUUUGGGGAAUUAGCUAGGAUUUUAAUUAGCUGACUCUUAGUCCCUCUUGAUCUGCUGGAGCUUCUUCUGCUCAUUCUAAGCUUGGUUGGGUGGAUAACGUAGUAUUUUGAAGUCUGGAUGAUUAAACCCACCAAUGUCUCCUCCUAAUAACCAAAUGUUAUAGUUCCGUAUCGUAGUGUUUUGACUAUCAGUACUAUCUUUUGCACACUUCUGUAUGUUGCAUGUUAUCACCAAUCUAUGGAGGAGGCCAAAUAUCUUCAAUACCUAUUUUUCAAAUUCAAGCUUUCUCAUAAUUCCCACUUCUUUCUCAGAAAUAUUUUAGGAAGAACAGUUUG